AUGGUGAUUUACUGUCUCUCCACCUUCAGUUUGGACAGACAGAAAAUCGCUGUUAACCAUGACGUUUUCCCGGACCGAUGGUUUGAGCGGAAUGCCAGAGUGAUCGCAAACCCGGUCCAAACGGACGUCAUUUACAAAGCUCUGACGUCUCUUCAAAUGUUUUCGGUUGUCGACUGGAGUUUACGUGUGGGAGUCCAUCUUGUAUUUUCCUAUCGACUGUAUCGCGUGGCGGAAUUUCCCAAGAGGAACUUUGCAUCUGCUAGUUUCUUUAUUAUUUUCGCGGUUGCGGUGGUCGUAUUUGUGGAGAAAAGCGUGUGGACGUCAGCUUUGGCGUGCCAGUCACACCCAGAAUGUGUUGUAAAGGCUCAUCGAUGGACUAUUGUUGAGGAGGGAUCUCUGACUCAGUGCCCUUGCUUGACUCUUGUCGACGAAGACCUGGCUCCAAAGACAUUUGACGAGUGGAUGAAGCCGAGAGAUGCAACUCUCAAGUUGAAACAGCUAGCGGCGACAGGAGACCUCAGGACAAUUAAACUAACCAACAGGUAUUUACCAAUACUUCCUGAUGAGCUGCGGGCCUGUCGACACGUUAGGCAUUUGUACGAAUUCAUCGAGUUGGAAUAUCUCUAUGUAGAGGGAUCAUUGGCCAACUCAUUACGCGAGUUACCGAGCAGUAUGUUCGAUGACAUGGCGUCUCUUUCAUUCAUUCACCUUGGGAUGCACGUUCGCAUGGCAAGCCUCCCGUCAUUUAAAAGCCUCAGCAGUCCCAAGGCUCUCACGUUAGCCGUGCUCGCCUCGCUCAUCGAGUUGCCAUCCUUCGACAACCUUCACAACCUCGAGCGGUUGAUGCUUGUAUUCCUGCCAACUAUCCAAACGUUGCCAGACCUGAAAUCGCUACAGAAACUCAAGGCAUUCUUCGUAAAUGACCGCGGGAGCUGGUGCUGCAACGGAUUUCUUCACGAUUGCGAUCUUCAGAAUUCAUUCUGCACAGCGCAGCCGUUCUGGGGCAUUCCCUCGGCAACUUGCCUGCCAUCUACCCCAGCAUACAAAGCGACCGACGCGACACUGGCUGUUUUCCAAAAGUUUUCCGCUACAGUUUGCAAGAAGAAGAGGGAAACAACCUCGCUUGAUCCCGGAUUCCCGACUCAAGAGACAAUUGCCCAGUGCGGUGGAAUUCUGUACCGCAAAUGCGAGCUGCCUGAACACAAAGAAGCAAUGUGUUACAAUGCAAGAUUUAUGGCGAUUUUCUGCAGUUCAGGCCCGUUAGCAAUAGAGAUGCGGCGACGUCAGAUCCGGCUGGGAAUUGGAGACAAAUGUAACCCGGAGUACGAAGCAUGGCUGGGAUGUACGUAA